AUGAGAAGAGUAUUGCUUGUUUGGAGUCUGCUGAUUACUGCUCAGGCCUUUCUCAUUGUGAGGAAAGGGAAUUCAAAAACUCAUCAGGACAUCACAAGAACCGCCAUUCUGCGUGCUACCGCAAAGAUCUGCGAGAGCGUUGAAGGCUUCACGAAGCCAGAACCACUUGACACCGAGACACUGGCGAGGUCCUGCAAAAAGGAUGCAUUUACAAAGAACUUUGAGACAGGCAUAAAAAUGAUCUCCUAUUACAAUGUGAAGACCGACCUUGACCAUCUCCUCGAAGCGAAAUACCACUUUCACGGCGAGACGUUUGUGGACGGGAAGUUGCUCAUAAUCAAGGGAGUGGAGGACAUCUCAAAAGACAUCAGUAGAGAGAAAUUUGCAGAUGCCCGAAAGAAGCUGGGAACAAUUCUGCAUACUUUACAAGAUUUCUACAGUCACAGUAACUGGAUAGAGCUGGGAAACACUGAACCCUGUACUGCCCUGAUCAAUCCAGACGAGAACAUACCCAACCCUGCAAAGCCAAACCAAGAAACCUGUGAGUGUCCAACUAAGAACUGUGAGGGAAACAUUCUGAAGAACAUUAUUGAAGAAAAGAUUCUGACUUCAGGGUACUUCGGAAUAAAAAAGAAACCAAAAGGGAAAUGUAGCCACGGAGGUCCUGGAGACAUCACAGCUGGUCUUACACAAAGCCUGGAUGGAAUCAAUAAGGAUUUCAGUGCUUCCAGUCAUGGUUCACUGCAUAAUAAAGCUGCAGACGUUGCUAUUGAUGCCAGUGUGCAGCUGCUGGAGAAGAUCUGGAAGAACAAUGAUGACGCUAACUUCUUCAGACUGAUGGGGCUUCAUAUGGAAAAGCCAAAGGGGGAAUGGAAAACUCGUCUUUCUUUGUUUCAACUCAAAUCAAGAUAUCCAGAUGCAUCUAAGGAUUCAGAUGUGGAAGUUUAA